UGCAUGUAGUCAGGGCACCGGACUGCAGUUUCCAAAGGUCGUGUUUAAUAAAGUUGCCAGACUUGGGUGCAUAGCGGACAUUCUUGGGCGACUUGUCACCUCUCGACACCGCAACAAGCUGGAGGGAAGAUCCUCUCUGUCUCGUCUGGGAAUACUGGAUAUUAUUAGCCAUCGAUUAGGGAUACCCGUUUCUUCUUCGAUUCCUUCUUUCCACUGUAACGUGACUGUAGUGGACACACCGUCGAGGACAUCAUGACCACCAUGGAGCGGCUCCAGAGGGAGCUAGACAACCUGGACAAGGCCAGCGAAGAGCUCUCCUCGAGCCCCAAAGGCUACACCACCCAGACUGUCUCCUCGGCCCGGCUAUACACCACCCAGCCCAAGAAGUUUGCCCCCGUCACUGCCCCGAAGCCCGUCAGGCCCAAAGCUGGCGGGUACGGUGGGGAUAGCGGGAGCGCCCUGCCCCCGCCCGGCCCACACAGUAAAGCCCCGCCCCCGUCAACGAUGCCCAAACCCAACCGGGCCAUUGUGAAGGCAGUGCCGCCGGCUCCUCCGCCAAAAACCUCGUCGCGUCACCAACAGUUUAGCACGGCAGCCAUCCCAUCACACACCCAGGUUGCGUUCCCCCAGGCCGAGGAUUUCCUCCCCCCACCCCCGCCGGCCUCCAAGUCCGCCUACUCCACCCCUGGUGAUGAUUUCCUCCCACCCCCUCCCCCCGAGCUGACAGGCGGGGCCCAGCAGGACCUGCCCAUGCCCCCUCCCCCACCCCCGCCGGCCCCCGUGACCAUGCAGACCUACAACGAGCCACGCCCCCCUCCCCAGCCCCAGCCUGCGUACAACAAGCCCGCCUACCAGAGGCAGCAGAACGGGGGUGCCACGGCCGCUUACAAGCCCAUCCCCCCGGAACCCCCUAAGAGCUACGGUGGGGGGUCGGCCAUCCCAAAGCCCACGGACCAGCCCAUCAGUGCGCCGGCUAAGAAGGGAACAGAGGCGGAGAUAGACGCACUGACCAACCUGCUGAUGCAGAAUAUGGAGGUGACUCCUGACGAAGGAGAGUUCUUUGGAAUCUGUGCCAAGUGCGGCCAGAAGGUCGUGGGAGACAACAACGGCUGCACGGCCAUGGACCAGGUCUACCACAUUGACUGCUUCACCUGCGACACCUGUCAUACCAAGCUGCGUGGCUUCCCUUUCUUUGCCCUGGAGGGCAAGGCCUUCUGCGAGACCUGCUACAUGGACUCACUGGAGAAGUGUUCUACCUGUUCUAAACCAAUUACUGAGAGGAUCUUGAGAGCCACGGGCAAGCCCUACCAUCCCCACUGCUUCACCUGUGUAGUCUGCGGCAAGAGCCUUGACGGAAUACCCUUCACCGUGGAUGCCACCAACCAGAUCCACUGCAUUGAGGACUUCCACAAGAAGUUUGCACCGCGUUGCAGUGUCUGCCUUCAGCCCAUCAUGCCAGAACCGGGCCAGGAAGAGACUGUCCGCAUCGUGGCCUUGGAUCGCAGCUUCCACGUCGGCUGCUACAAGUGUGAGGAUUGCUCCGCCCUGCUGUCCUCGGAGGCCGACGGUCGUGGCUGCUUCCCAUUGGACGAUCACAUCCUGUGCCGAGACUGCAACACAAAGCGUGUCCAGGCCCUCACCGCACCGUAGACAGA